AUGAGCUCAGCUGGCAGCAGGCACUUCCCAGGCCAGAAGGCCCCGUGUCCAGAUCCUGGAGCGCCCUCCCCCUGGCUGCGGGAGGCAGUGUGCACACCUGGGAGUGUGGGUCACACGGCCACUCAACCCUGGUUCCCUGUGCUUCCACAGCUGCCGCUGGGCCCGAGAGAUGGGUGCUCCCCUGGGCGCCCCCUCCCCUGGCAGGGGCCGCGGACACUGCUGCUGUGCAAAAGUCUCCAGGACGGCUUUGGCUUCACCCUGCGCCACUUCAUUGUGUAUCCCCCUGAGUCAGCCGUGCACUGCAGCCUGAAGGAGGAAGAGAAUGGAGGCCGAGGAGGAGGACCCUCCCCCCGGCACCACCGCCUGGAGCCCAUGGAUACCAUCUUUGUCAAGAAUGUGAAGGAUGAUGGCCCCGCCCAUAGAGCGGGCCUUCGCACCGGAGACCGGCUGGUGAAGGUGAACGGGGAGAGCGUCAUUGGGAAGACCUACUCCCAGGUCAUAGCUCUGAUCCAGAAUAGCGAUGAUACCCUGGAGCUCUCCAUCAUGCCCAAGGACGAGGACAUCCUCCAGCUGGCCUACUCCCAGGACGCCUACCUGAAGGGGAACGAGCCGUAUUCUGGAGAGGCCCGGAGUAUCCCAGAGCCGCCUCCGAUCUGCUACCCUCGCAAGACUUACGCCCCGCCAGCCCGGGUCUCCACCUGGGCCACUAUGGUGCCUGAGCCCCUCUCAGCACUGCCCAGUGACCCCCGGAGUCCUGCUGCCUGGAGUGACCCGGGGCCCCGCGUCCCUUCUGCCACCCGUACCCACCCGGACAACUCUUCCUUGGGGAUGAGCCAGCCCCGCCCCAGCCCUGGUGCCUUCCCCCGCCUCCCCUCGGAGCCCCGGACGCCCCGUGCCUUUCCUGAGCCUGGCAGCCGGGUGCCCCCCAGCAGACUGGAGUGCCAGCAGGCUUUGUCACACUGGCUGUCAAACCAGGUACCCCGCAGGGCGGGGGAGAGACGGUGUCCUGCCAUGCCCCCCCGGGCCCGCAGUGCCUCCCAGGACCGGUUGGAGGAUGUGACUGCCCACCGCCCAUGGCCCUGCUCCACCUCCCAGGGUGCCUUGAGCCAGUUGGGUCAGGAGGGCUGGCACCGAGCUCGCUCAGACGACUACUUGAGCCGGGCCACCCGCUCAGCCGAGGCGCUGGGUCCAGGAGCACUGGUGUCACCCCGUUUCGAGCGCUGUGGCUGGGCUUCCCAGCGUCCGUCUGCCCGCACCCCUGCCUGCCCACCCAGGGACCUUCCUGCGCCCCAGGCCCCACCCCCGCCUGGUCUGCAAGGCCUGGAUGACAUCGGCUACAUCGGGUACCGGAGCUACAGCCCAUCAUUCCAGCGCCGGACUGGCCUCUUGCACGCACUCUCCUUCCGGGACUCACCCUUCGGGGGGCUACCCACCUUCAACUUGGCUCAGUCCCCUGCAUCGUUCCCGCUGGAGGCCUCCGAACCACCCAGGGUUGUGCGCCCAGAACCCAGCACCCGGGCUCUGGAGCCCGCCACCGAGGAUCGCCGCGACGAGGUGGUCCUGAGGCAAAAGCCUCCCACGGGCCGGAAGGUCCAGCUGCCCUCCGCAAGACAGAUGAACCUUGGGUUUGGUGAAGAGUCCCCAGAGCCAGAGUCCAGUGGGCGAGUGGAACGCCUGGGCAGGAAGGUGGCCCCUUUGGCCACUACUGAAGACUCUCUGGCUUCUAUCCCCUUCAUUGAUGAACCCACCAGCCCCAGCAUUGACCUCCAAGCCAAGCAUGUCCCUGCCUCCGCUGUGGUCUCCAGCGCCAUGAACUCAGCCCCCGUCCUGGGCACCAGCCCAUCCUCCCCAACCUUCACCUUUGCCCUUGGCCGCCAUUACUCCCAGGACUGCAGUAGCCUCAAGGCCGGCCGCCGCUCCUCCUACCUGCUGGCCAUCACCACAGAGCGCUCCAAGUCCUGUGACGAUGGGCUCAACACCUUCCGGGAAGAGGGCAGGGCUCUGAGGCGCCUGCCAAACCGAGUACCCAGCCUGCGGAUGCUGCGAAGCUUCUUCACUGAUGGGUCCUUGGAUAGCUGGGGUACUUCCGAAGAUGCUGAUGUUCCUUCUAAGCGACACUCAACCUCUGACCUCUCGGACGCAACCUUCAGCGAUAUCAGGAGAGAAGGCUGGUUGUAUUAUAAGCAGGUCCUCACCAAGAAGGGGAAGAAAGCGGGCGGCGGCCUGCGCCAGUGGAAGCGGGUCUACGCACGCGCUGCGGGCCGCUCCCUCUUGCUGAGCAAGGAGCGGCGGGAGCCCGGGCCGGCGGCGGCGGCGGGGGCGGCGGCGGCCGUCGCAGGUGAGGACGAGGCGGCGCCCGUCUGCAUCGGCUCCUGCCUGGUGGACAUCUCCUACAGCGAGACCAAGAGGAGGCACGUGUUCCGGCUGACCACCGCUGACUUCUGUGAAUAUCUCUUUCAGGCUGAGGACCGGGAUGACAUGCUGGGCUGGAUCAGAGCGAUCCGAGAGAACAGCAGGGCCGGAGGGCGCGGUGAGGGCCCGGACCCCGGCUGUGCCAACCAAGCUCUGAUCAGCAAGAAGCUUAAUGAUUAUCGCAAAGUAAGCCAUAGCUCUGGGCCCAAAGCUGACUCCUCCCCAAAGUCUCUCGUGGCUGGGGGCCUCAAGUCUGAGUUCCUCAAACAGAGUACCGCACGUGGCUUCAGGACGCAGGAGUCCGCAGGGAGCAAGGAUGACAGUGCUGCCACUCCCAAAACCCCAUGGGGCAUCAACAUCAUCAAGAAGAACAAGAAGGCAGCUCCUAGGGCGUUUGGGGUCCGUCUGGAGGAGUGCCAACCAGCCAUAGAGAACCAGCGGGUCCCCUUGAUCGUGGCUGCAUGCUGUCGCAUCGUGGAGGCACGGGGUCUGGAGUCCACGGGCAUUUACCGAGUGCCUGGUAACAAUGCAGUGGUGUCCAGCCUGCAGGAGCAGCUCAACCGUGGGCCCGGGGACAUCAACCUACAGGAUGAGCGCUGGCAGGACCUCAAUGUGAUCAGCAGUCUGCUCAAGUCCUUCUUCCGAAAACUGCCUGAGCCUCUUUUCACCGACGACAAAUACAACGACUUCAUCGAGGCCAAUCGCAUCGAAGACUCGAGGGAGCGGAUGAAGACGCUCCGGAAGCUGAUCCGGGAUCUCCCAGGACACUACUAUGAGACUCUCAAAUUCCUCGUGGGCCAUCUGAAGACCAUUGCUGACCACUCGGAGAAAAACAAGAUGGAGCCCAGGAACCUGGCCCUGGUCUUCGGGCCGACGCUGGUGAGGACGUCUGAGGACAACAUGGCGGACAUGGUGACCCACAUGCCCGAUCGCUAUAAGAUCGUGGAGACGCUGAUCCAGCACUCAGACUGGUUCUUCAGCGAUGACGAGGACAAGGGAGAGAGAACUCCUGUGGAUGACAAGGAGCCUCAGUCAGUGCCCAACAUUGAGUACCUCCUGCCUAACAUUGGCAGGACAGUGCCCCCUGGUGACCCAGGUUCAGAUUCUACCACCUGCAGUCCAGCCAAGUCCAAGGGCUCGUGGGCCCCCAAGAAGGAGCCGUACGCCCGGGAGAUGCUGGCGAUCUCCUUCAUCUCGGCGGUCAACCGCAAGCGGAAGAAGCGGCGGGAGGCGCGGGGACUGGGCAGCAGCACCGACGACGACUCGGAGCAGGAGGCGCACAAGCCCGAGGCGGGGGCGCCGGCGCCGGGGGCGCGGGACCAGCCGGAGGGGCCGCUGCCGGGCGCAGCCGCCCCCGAGGCCCCGGGGCGCCUCAGCCCCCCGGCGGCGCCGGACGAACGACCGGCCGCGGACACGCGCUCCAUCGUCUCGGGCUACUCCACCCUGUCCACCAUGGACCGCAGCGUGUGCUCGGGCGCCGGCCGCUGCGCGGGGGACGAGGCGGACGACGAGCGCAGCGAGCUGAGCCACGUGGAGACGGACACGGAGGCCGGCGCGGGGCCCGGGGGGCGCCCGGCGCGCCGGCCCUCCUUCAGCUCGCACCGCCUCAUGCCCUGCGACACCCUGGCGCGCCGCCGCCUGUCCCGCAGCCGCCCGGACGGCGAGGGCGCGGGCGCGGGGCGGGGCGGCCCCCGGGCCGCCGAGCCGGUGCUCGUCCUCGUCCAUCAGCCAUUCGUCUCUGUCCCCCCUUCGUCCUGCUUUUUAUUCUCUUUGUCUCUCUGCCUUCGUGGCUCAUCGAUGUCCCUUCUGCUGCUCCGCUCUUUCUGUCGGCUUAUCGCUGCGGCUUGCCGGAGCAGCUGGCGGCGCCACACGGUGGUGGUGCAGAGCCCGCUGACCGACCUCAACUUCAACGAGUGGAAGGAGCUGGGCGGGGGCGGCGCCCCGGAGCCCGCGGGUCCUCGGGCGCACAGCGACAACAAGGACUCGGGCCUCAGCAGCCUGGAGUCCACCAAGGCCCGGGCGCCGUCGUCCGCGGCCUCGCUGCCGCCCGGGGACCCGGGGGCUCUGCAGAGCCAGCCCCCGCGCCGCUCGGCCGCCUCCCGCCUCCAUCAGUGUCUGUGACCAGCCCCCCGCCCCGCGCCGGUCCCUCUACCCCAGUCUUCUCUGGCUUGCGCCCCCUCUCUUGUCCCCGGUGCAUCUGGCGCUGCAGGCCGCGUCUCUAGUUUGUGUGCGGGAUCGGUAGGGGGCGGGCAGACGAGAAGGCCCCGGCUGGGACAGGGAGUGGGAGCGGGAGCGGGAGGGAGGGGGACACCCCGGAGGUAAGAGGAGUGGGGAGAGGAGAGGGGACAGGCUGCUGGAGCUCUGUGACAGAGUGGGCCCUCUGGGCCCUUCUGUGUCUGCACUUAGAGACCCUUGUUGGCCAUGGGGUGUGGAUAGGGAACCACCCCCCUCCCGAGUCUCGGUCCCGGACUAAAGGAAAGACCGGGGAUGAUGCUGGCUCUUCGCUUCUUUCCUCCGUGCCUCUCCAUUACCUCUUGGCUCCUAGCUAAGGUGGGGGAGGUGAUGUAGGGUCAUCGUGUCCAUGGGUGGAGGGGGUAUGUGUGCGAGUGUGCUAGUCACUGUCAGAAGGUGUUUCCAGUAGCAACUUCUGCCUCUCCUGCCCCUUGUUGCCCAACCCCACCGCAUACAGCAGCCCCCCACCCCCACCCCUCCCGCCUUCGGUGCAUCCAAGGAUCCUGCCCCUGCCGCUUGUCAGAGCCAGAGAAGGAAGUUAGGGCCACUCCACAGAGGCGGAACUGAGACUCCUCCCAGGGUUGUUCCCCUCACCAACUUUUUGCCAACCUCUAAACCACCCUCACUAAGCGUGUUGACCAUGGGAGCUGGCUGCCGAUUCCCCAGUUUUGGGAGGGUCCAGGGUACCCCCUGCUAGAUCUCCCUUGUCCCUCUCUUUGUUCUUCCAGCUGUGCCUGCUGCUUCCACGAUUCAGGCACACAGACCCCCACCUUCUUCUCUUUAGGAGGGGGUAUAGUGAACAUCCCUGGUGUCUCUCUCUCUCUCUCUCACUCAUACACACACACACAUACACACACACACACACACACACACACACACUGAUUUAUGGGGUCUGAGCUGGGCUGUUCCUUCAGGAUGGGCGGGACCCAGCCCCCUCUUCUCCCCACACGUUGUAAAUAGACCUCAGACCACCAGGCCUCCCCACACACGCCCUCACUUACCCCAGGGAAGCCCAGGUGGGGUUGUGAACCCCACCGCCACCUCUGUCAGUCUUCUUGUUUUAUGCAAAGAUUUGCUGUAAAGUAGAUUUCUCUUUCCCCUCUCCCCCCACCCUUUUACUGUAAAUAUUGUCUCUAAAUGUGUAACAUAUUAUAAAGAAUUUAUAAGGAUUUUUAAAGAUGUUUUGCUCAUUUAAAAAAGUGUUGUAACAGUGUUGGAAAAGCCUCUGGCCCCACGUGCGCAUGUCUCCUUUCACUGUGUCCUUGACACACCUCUCUAGGCGACAACUAAGAUUUCCUGCUUCUGAAAAGUCCUGUCUUAAAAGUAUAGUCUAUAUCUUGGAAAUAAACGGCCUUCCUCGA